AUGGAUUAUCUGCAAGGUGAAAGAUUUAAUGUGGAGAAUCCAACACAAGCAAUAUCACAGCAUGAUGGAACAAUGAGUUCCCAGACUAAGGUGCAGCAGGAUGAAAAAGUUCAGCUACUUAAUACAUUCAUAUGGCUUUCAAUGUACUGGCAGAAUGAAUUCAUAAGCUGGAAUCCAGAAAACUGCAAUGGAAUAAGCUCAGUUUCAACAGAAAUUGAGAAUUUGUGGGUGCCUGAUGUUUUAGUCAAUGAAUUCAUGGAUAAGGACAAAUCUCCUGAUGCACCGUAUGCCUUUGUGGAUCACAGAGGAAUAGUAAAAUAUGACAAACCAAUGCGCAUUGUGAGCUCUUGUAAUCUGGAUAUCUUUAACUUUCCAUUUGAUGUGCAGAACUGCUCACUGACAUUUGGACCUUUUACACACUCAGCCUCAGAUGUCCGCAUUGGCCUAGCUAUGUCAGGACAAGAAAUAUCUGACACAUCCAAAGAUAUGAUCAAGACCAAGGGAGAAUGGCAGCUGGUGGAAAUCAUAGCAGAAGAACAUAACCUGCUUGUGAGUGAUGAUGCAUAUAGUGAAGUUGCCUUCCAUGUUGUCAUAAAGAGAAGACCAGCUUUGUACAUAGUCAAUCUGCUGAUUCCAAGUGCUUUGCUGAUGGUGAUAGAUACCGUGAGCUUUUAUCUGCCACCCUUUUCAAUUGACAGAGCCACAUUCAAGAUGAAUCUCAUCCUUGGUUAUACUGUCUUUCUCCUUCUCAUAAAUGAUCUGCUUCCAGAUACUAGUGGAGUUCCACUGAUAAGUACCUAUUUCUUGAUCUGUUUGGUGUUUAUGGUUUUAAGCCUCCUAGAGACAAUCAUUAUCACUUACAUUUUGCAUCUUGGACCAAGCAAGUAUCCAGUUGUUCCUGGCUGGGUAAGGAAAGUGGUCCUACAUGACAUUGCCAGACUGCUUUGUUACAAGCACCAGGAGUGCUCUAUACUUAAAGAGAAAGUUGCCAAUGAGGUCACAAAUGUUGCUAUACCAGGAAAUACUUGCUUAGAUGGUACAGUGUCUUACCCAGUCACAGAAGCAAGACAUUCCAAUGCAAGCUGGGAAAUUAAGUAUUCAGAACUGCCAUUAGCAGCGAUUGCUGAAGAUGUGAAAGAAAUCAGGAGGCAUGUAGAAAGCUAUUAUAGAGAAAAGGAGCCAGAGGAUGAGUGGCGUGAAAUUGCUACCCUUUUAGAUACCCUGCUAUUUCGCAUUUAUGUCUGUGCCAUGAUUAUAUUUGCAUCUGUCAUUUGCAGCUUAUGGUUUGCCUGGUACAAUAUGUAA